AAGCGCAGCCGCUAUUGCGUGUGUUUUGAAAUCUUCCUCCCGUCCUCAGUUUCUGGUCGGAGCAUAUGGAAUCGGGAGGAGGAGGGCGGCCAGGUUUUAUGGAGAUCGAGGCGGCAGCGGCGGACGGGUUGGGGAGAUCGGACAUCUUCCACAUCGUCAAGGAGAUCCUCGGGUUCGUCCUCUACAUGCACCAACAGAUCCCGUCGCUGCUUCAACACCUCGAAAAUGAAUUUGAUGCUCUAAAGGAGGAACAUGAAAGUUUGGAAGAGGCAUGUCGAACACCGGAAGAAUCAAAGGCAUCCGAUAGGAGGAAGCAUAAUUUGAGGAAAAGAGAGAUCAAACAGGGGAUCAGGAGGCUGGACAAAUUGAUGUGUUCCAAAUCGAGCUUGCUUUCUGCGCUUCGACUGGCGCUGGAGGAGAUGCCUGACAUUCGAGAAGUUACUUUGAUUCUUGGAGCGAGUAUUGUGAGACCUCAACACGUAUACCAGCUGGUGUUUUCUGGAGGGAAUUUUGGUUCUGGAAAUGCAAAUAAAUGCACCGAAAGGAAAAUUUCUGAUAAUAUUGCUAGAAAGGCCAUUCGAGUUCUAAUAUCUGCUGGUGCCGGGAGUAGUACUUACACGGGUCCGUCCAAGUUGUUCUUGCUCGUCAGAAGUUCCUCUACCUUCAGCCUCCCACUGCAUUUUUUUCCCAAGCGUGAUUUCCGAUUCGGCAAAAAGGUAGUACCACUCAAGUUACACAUCAAUUGCAAGAUUCCAGAACAUGCCAUGGAUGAUUUGCAUCGAACGUCACUUGCCGGCAGCUCCUUAUGUCCUAAUUCCACUGAAUAUGAUGCGAUCUGGUUUCAGUGCAAGCAUGUCAUCAGGGGUUUGCCUAGCAAGACUCCAGCAGAAUGUUGAGAAGUUGGCAUGUGUUUCAUCAUAACAAGGGCAAUGAGACUUUUGUUUUUUUUCUUUUCCCCCCUUUUCUACUGUCUCAGUUGAACGGCAAAUGAUAUCAUCGCCUUCCGAUUUUAAACUCCAAUUCUAGUUUGUGUGGUUGAUAUCCAUUCUGGAUGGAGAAGAGAACCAAGCAAAGAUGAUUCUGCGUAUUUUGGAGUUUGAAAACUUUUCUAUGGGUCCAUACGAAGAAGAUAAAUGGAAUGCAUGAUUGACGCAGAUAAAUGGAAGGAGAAACUGCCCAAAGCAUGACUCAGUUUCGAAUGUGGAGAAACUGAAGGAGGUCAAACAUGACUCGCAGACUGCAUUUCUCUUACGGUCGAAGAAUGCCAUCAGAUGUGGAGACGUUCCUAUUGCGGAGCUAAAAAUUGAAGGAAACCAACAACCAAAUUUGUAGAUGAAGUAUUUAUUAUCUGAGAAGUUGCGACAGGUCUGGUAGCGCUGGCAAAUGAUGAUUUGAGUGUUAUGUACAUAUAAAUUCAAGAGCUGUUUUCUUGAGGAAGAGAAGGAACGAAUCCAUAUUGAGCUGUGGUUGGGCACUCAAUCAUCUGACCGAUUUAAUUAGAGAAAGCAAUUUUCUUUU